AUGGAAGAAACAGAUGCUUUAAUUAGAGAUUCCAAUAAAGCGAGAAUAAGAUCAAAUGUUUCAGACGUGGAAUCCAUCAACCUCGAGCUUGCAUAUGAAGAAACAAUUGUUGACGACUACCAAUCUGAACAUAGCGACAAGCAAACUACCUCUUCAGACGAAGACGCUGAAUCAAUCGAACUCGAUAUCGUGGAUGAGGAGAUGUUCAACAUAGCCGAGGAAGCCGAAAGAUACAACACUAGCAAAGAUUCUUUGCCGUUUGCUUUGCGUAUAAUUGACAAGGAAAGCUUGAGGAAAAAGUUCAAUGUUGUCAAGGCGAAGGCACGCAUGUACAUGGUAAAGGACUUCUAUAGUCAACCGAACUGCGACAAAUGCGCAAAACCGUUGAUUUUUCUGUGCUCUUGUAAAAGCAAUCACGAUCGUCUGACUACCAUAUACAAAAAUUUUAAACUCAGCUGCAAGAGUAAGCCUAAAGCUAUGUUUCGAUGCUCAAAGUGCUCGUACGAAUCAAAGCAAAAGCAUCACCUUAAUCGACAUUUCAAAACCAAACACAUGACCAAACACAGUGUCCCGAUUGUAGACAAAAAAUUAGUACUUUUACCGACUUUUUGCGGCACCGGUUAUCCGAGUGUCCGUAUGAGAUUGAUACCGAGUCUCUCGUGAAUGUAUUUACGUGUGAUAUUUGGAUUCGUUCACAUGGACACUUAACUUCUUCGGCGUAACCAAUAUAUCUUACAGCACAAAAUUCAAACCCUGAAACCAUCUCUCCCGAGUAAGCACAGCGCAAAAAGCGUGUUUGCGCCUCAAGCUCAGGGGAUAACCCGAACGCGACGCAUUUGUACCGGUUGAUUGAUCUACGAACUGCAUACACACUCUAGAUUUUUAUUUUUCCAUUUUUUUCGCUCUCUCCCUCGGUCGCAGCGUCGUAUUUAAUGCCGACGCGUUCGGGAAUCACCGGGGGGAAUACGUUUUGACGCGAAGCUCCGCGGGGGGAGAGUAGAGCUUUCGAAAUAGGGGAUUAUGCUCGGCUCGUUGCCGGUUAUUGUUUUACGGAAAGGGCCUAAACGUUAUGAGCCGGAUUUCGAGGUGGGAUAUAGAAUGAGAUUAGUUUUUUUAGUUGCGAUUUGAAAUAUAAUCUCCGUACAAGCUCAGCGACGUAGGAUGUGGUCGAUUCACGUUCCGCUCAGACUCGCGUUGUUCUAGCUUCGAUGUUCUGUGCGACGACUUUGAGAUGCGGGUUAUUUCUCUACGUGAAAAAGGACGAUGGGGGGAAUGGCACUGCUACUGUCUCUGCUGUACCUCUGUGUAGCAGUCAGACGCAGAAGUCUGCUGGUUUUGUUGCGGUCUUUUCUGAUAAGGAGCGUCCUGAGUGUUUGCGUUUUCUGCGGGUUUGGAUUUUGUUUGAAGUUGUUCGGUAAAUAUCGGUUUGUCCAUCAAGUAAUAACGUUGCAACGAUCAUAAAUCUUGUUUGCAGGGUUAAAGUUUUCCCGCGCGAGUUUGAAGGAAAUUACGUAGACCGGAGCUUGUGAAGUUAGCGAAAUCAGAGUCACGGCGCUCAACAAUAAUUUUACAAACUUUCGCGGAACGAAUUUACGGUAAUUAACGUUACGAAUUUCGUUAAAAUAAUACAUCGGUCAUUAAAGGUGUAAUUUUUCACUUCAGAUUGACAAAGAAGAAUAUUGAUAGGACACACGUGUGGAUUCGAAUAAUAGUCCUUUCAAUUAAGAGAUAGCAUCUGGGAUGAUUUAAUUAAUUGAUUGAUGAUGAUUGCAGCCGCAUAUGUAUACAUCAGCGUGAAAAUUCAAUUUAUACACCCACGUAUAAUCGUACAUGAAUAUCUGUUACAGAAUAUGAUUGUGUCGAUAAAAUGAAAUCAUUUGGCACGUUUAAAUACACGAAAUAACUGAA